AGAAGAACCCCACCCUGUACACUUUUAUUUUCGCUUUACCUCGAAAUGUUUGAAUGUAUGAUGUAUUGCAUUUAUUGAAUACGUCAAAUUUACAAAUACGGUAUUUGAUGCUAAGACUACAUACAUUAAUGUUUUCGGGAUAUUGAAGAAGCGCCUUCAGUCUACCAGCCAAGCGAGAGCAUAACACGUCGUCAUAAGAAACUAGCAACAAAAUGGUGGAAAGACUGAACAUGAAAGCGAGUCUUUUGUGCAUAUUUGGUAUUUGUUCUUUUCUUACAUAUGGAAAUACAUGCGGUCCAAGUGAAUAUAAAUCUGCUGAUGGAGAAUGUUGUCCAAUGUGUAAUGUGGGGUCAGUGGUGUACCGUCACUGCACUGGUGAUUUCAGUACCACAUGUAUACCUUGCACUCCAGGAACAUUCACGAGUCAACCCAAUGGUCUUGAUAAAUGCUUCCCAUGCAAACACUGUGCUGAAAGUCAAGGCCUUUACAGCCAGAGUAAAUGCACUACAAUACAAAACACCAUCUGUGAUGUACUUGAUGGAUAUUACUGCAUUGAUUACUCCGAUUCACAGUGCCGUCAUGCUGAAAAACACAGUGUUUGUAAACCAGGACAAGAAACAAAAACACCAGGAACAAAGACAUCAGAUACAGAAUGUGUGCACUGUGCUCCUGGGUUUUAUUCUCCAUCUGGGCUGAACUGCACCAAAUGGACAGACUGUGCAGCCAGAAAUGGCAUUAAAGCUGAAGACGGGAGUCCUGUAAAAGAUGUCAGAUGUGUACAGAAAAGGAAAAGAUACUGUCUUGUAGCUUUAUGUCCCCCUGUCAUAUGUGCAGCUGUUAUAGCAGCAUUAUACAGAAGGGCACACUCAGAAGCUCAGACAGUCAAUAAUGGUGAUAAAAGAUAUAAGUCUCCCAUUGAGGAAACACCUAAAACAUCAGGCCAACCACCGGAGGAAAACCAUGAGGAUCCAACAAAUGAUACAUGAAACUGCCUAUUACUUCUCCUGCUAUCCUUUUCCACCUCUGGUCUGUCCAGCUCACUGUGAUGGAGAAGAAAACUGUAGGAUGUUGGCCUUGGAGGAUUGGAUACAUCUGGGCUGGCCUACAUCGACAACCAGCAAUCAAUGUUAACAGGAGCAGACAUUUUAAUAUUGCUGCAUGGUUUGUUGCUUAUUGUUGCUACCAGCCACAACACAGAUCAUAACAACAGGAGAGCACACCGGAUCGCUACAGCCAGGAACAAUAUGGUGAUUGAAUUUCACUGGAAUUGCCAAGAGAGUGUAGGAAGGGGAAUACAACAUUAAGGAGAUGGAGGAGAGGUCAGCGUGCCGGGGUGCGGCAGAAGGUCCGGGCCCGAGGUAACCAACUGCCACUACUGACUGAUCCCUGCCAAGACACAGUCUCUCUCCAAGCAACUAUCCGAGUUUCAGUCGGCUGUAAGGUAUUUCACUGAGUAUAGAGACAUUUGUUUGCUAUAUUUUACAGAAAUGUGGCUUAAAGGGAUAGUUCACUCAAAAAUGAAAAUUCUGUCAUUAAUUAC